UCCGGACGCACUGCCUGAGCGGGUGCGCAGGCGGCUUCCGGUGUGGGUGACGAGUGGUGGCCGAGAAAGGGGGACAUCAAGGAACGCUCAGGCUUGGACCAUGGCGGACGGCGGCUCGGAGCGGGCUGAUGGGCGCAUCGUCAAGAUGGAGGUGGACUACAGCGCCACGGUGGAUCAGCGUCUGCCCGAGUGCGAGAAGCUGGCCAAGGAAGGAAGACUUCAAGAAGUCAUUGAAACCCUUCUUUCUUUGGAAAAACAAACCCGUACUGCUUCUGAUAUGGUGUCUACAUCCCGUAUCUUAGUUGCAGUAGUGAAGAUGUGUUAUGAGGCUAAAGAAUGGGAUUUACUUAAUGAAAACAUUAUGCUUUUGUCGAAAAGACGGAGUCAGUUAAAACAAGCUGUUGCAAAAAUGGUUCAACAAUGCUGUACUUACGUUGAGGAAAUCACAGACCUUCCGAUCAAACUUCGAUUAAUUGAUACUUUACGAAUGGUUACAGAAGGAAAGAUCUACGUUGAAAUUGAACGUGCUCGACUAACUAAAACAUUAGCAACUAUCAAAGAGCAAAGUGGUGACGUCAAAGAGGCAGCCUCCAUUUUACAAGAGUUACAGGUGGAAACCUACGGGUCAAUGGAAAAGAAAGAGCGAGUGGAGUUUAUUUUGGAGCAAAUGAGGCUCUGCCUAGCUGUGAAGGACUACAUUCGUACACAGAUCAUCAGCAAGAAAAUUAAUACCAAAUUUUUCCAGGAAGAAAAUACAGAGAAAUUAAAGUUAAAAUAUUAUAAUUUAAUGAUUCAGCUGGAUCAACACGAGGGCUCCUAUUUGUCUAUUUGUAAGCACUACAGAGCAAUAUAUGAUACUCCCUGUAUACAGGCAGAAAGUGAAAAGUGGCAACAGGCUCUGAAAAGUGUUGUCCUCUAUGUUAUAUUGGCUCCUUUUGAUAAUGAACAAUCAGAUUUGGUUCACCGAAUAAGUGGUGACAAGAAGUUAGAAGAAAUUCCUAAAUAUAAGGAUCUUUUAAAGCUUUUUACCACAAUGGAGUUGAUGCGUUGGGCUACACUUGUCGAAGACUAUGGAAUGGAAUUAAGAAAAGGUUCUCUGGAAAGUCCUGCAACUGAUGUUUUUGGUUAUACAGAAGAAGGUGAUAAAAGGUGGAAAGACUUGAAGAAUAGAGUUGUUGAACAUAAUAUUAGAAUAAUGGCCAAGUAUUAUACGAGGAUAACAAUGAAGAGGAUGGCACAACUUCUGGAUCUAUCUGUUGAUGAGUCAGAGGCUUUUCUCUCAAAUCUCGUAGUAAACAAGACCAUCUUUGCUAAAGUAGACAGGUUGGCAGGAAUUAUCAACUUCCAGAGACCCAAGGAUCCAAAUAAUUUAUUAAAUGACUGGUCUCAGAAACUGAACUCAUUGAUGUCUCUAGUUAACAAAACUACACACCUCAUAGCCAAAGAGGAGAUGAUACAUAAUCUACAAUAAGGGUCUCAGUGCCCUAAUGCUUUUAGAAAAGAGUUAACAUUGGAAGUCAUUAAAAAAAGAAAAGACUCUUAUGGUGUAUAUGUUGGGUUCUUUUUUCCUAUUCUCAACUCUUGUCUAAAAUUUAAAAUAUAGUGAAUAUGUUUGAGGCCCCUUUUUAACCUUUCAACUCCCUAAUUUCAUUGUUAACUUUUCAUUUGCAAUUGGUACAAAAAUAGAAUACAUUUCUAUUGUCUGAGUGCUCAAAACAUGGUGUCAUAACUUACCCAGAUGUUUGUCUAUCAUUUGAAACCUUUUUAGCCAUUUGUUUUUAUUCCGCUAACAACCAUAAUGAUAAUAAAAGCAGUAUAUGCACGUUUAUUUCCUAUGGUUACAUGUGUUUCUGAACAUUUUACGGGGUAGUGAUUUAAGUGGUUUUUUAAAUAAAUUCUGUUGUAAAUGAAUUAGUAGAUUUUUUAAAAGAUUUUUUUUAAAUAUAUUUUUAUUGAUUUCAGAGAAGAAGCGAGAAAGAGACAUCAAUGAUGAGAGAGAAUCAUUUAUCGACUGCCUCAUGCAUGCCCCCUACUGGGGAUCGAGCCUGCAACCCAUGCAUGUGCCCUUUUGACCGGAAUCGAACCCAGGACCCUUCAAUCUGCAGGCCGAUGCUCUAUCCACUGAGCCAAACCAACUAGGGUUGGUUUUGUGGGUUUUUUUUAGAUUUUUAAAAAUUUUAUUAAUUUUUAGAGAGGAAGGAAGGGAGAGGGAGAGAUUCCUGCGUUCCCCCUACUGGGAAUCGAGCCCACAACCCAGGCAUGUGCCCUGACCAAGAAUGCUAACCCUAAUCAGCAACCUCUCGGUGCACAGGACAGUGCCCAGCCAACUGAGCCACUCUGGCCAGGGCUAUUUAGAAGAAUUGUAAAAGCAACAUAGAACAUAUAGGAACAUUUGGGAUAGAGUUGUGGUUUGUGAAGAAUUUGUAUUUUAGUAUUGUGGCAAAAAGUCUCUAGCCUGAGUGUGUAUGGGGGAGCUAUUUGGUAGGCUAUAUAGACUUUUUUUAAAUCUUUUUUCUUUUUUAGGGGGGUCUAACUGGCUUUAAUCACAGUAGCUUAUUUUUACCCUCUUCCCUUGACUUGACCAGUUUUUGAACAAAAUCAAGUGAUGUUGUGUUGGCACAAUUUAACACAACAAAGUCAUUUUUUUUUAUAAGACUUUGUGGCUUUAACUUAAUAUAUCUGAUUGCAUCAUUAAUGCUCCAAAUUCAUUAUCUCUUUAUAGGAACUUUAGUUCCUUUGAACACUGGAUAACAACCUAAAAUGCUUAGAAAAUGACUCUCCCAAAAAGACUUCAGGCCACUCUCUUACCAAAUGGUAUAGUACUAACAUUUUUUUUAGAAUUAAAAAUAGUUUCACUGUCAAAAGGAACAUCUGAGAUCAAUUAACAUGAGCAAAUUUUGGAAGUUUUUAAAAUUUGAUUUAUUUCAGAGAAAAAUGAAACAAUGUUAGAUUAUUUAAAAUGAUGUUAAAGAAAGUAUGAGGCUAAUUUUUAUAAAAUACAAAUGUAGAAAGGGAAACAUUUCUCAAUUCAUUUUCCAUAUAAUGAUCACUAAAUUGUCCCAUGAUCCCAUGGCUAAGGACAAUUUGUGGGACCUCUACUAUUUAUGCUGAGUCAUUGUGAAUAAUAUAAUAUUAAUCUAAUUUUAUUAUUUAGAAAUUUAAUGUAUUGGUCACAUUAAUAACAUCAACAUCUGCUAUCACUUAUCUUUAAAAACUAACCAAAAAUAUCGCAAGUUCAGAAACAUUUACUUCACACUAGCAGUAAGAAUAUGGUUUUAAUUUUCUUUUGAGUGAAAAGGAUAGAAAAUAAAAUUAUUUUGCAUUGUUAAUUUGUAAAUCGAAUUUAAGCCAAUUUGAAUUUAGCUUCUCAUUAAUUUAGUCUUUCUGGGGACUCAUUCCCUUUGUAUCUGCCAAACCUAGACUCUGGCCAAAUACAUUGAUAUAAAGACCUCAAAUGCUCCCCUUUUUAUUUAACGUGCUCACCCUCAGCGAAGCUCCUUGUGUGUUCUGAUUUGCUGCCACUUGUUAACUGUGUCCCAGUGACCCAAUCCCACUUGACUUGCUUAACUGCUCAUCCAUUUCUUGUUUUUUUUUUCUGUCCAAACAAAUAUAAGAGUUAUUACCAACUUCUUAGUGUUACAAAGAAGAAUCAGUUAACCUAGGGUGGUAAAAUAUUUGUGAUUUCUUUUUAAACCUGAAAUCCUGUCUUACAUUUCAGACCUAAACCAGCAUUCAUGAAAAGGACAGAGUCACUUUAUUUUAAAUAGAGAAGCUAAUACUUAACUCAUUAUCAUUUUCAUGAUUAGGUUACUAACCAGCAAGAGAGGUGACAAGCUUCUGUUUUUAGGAUUUUUAAAAAGUGAAACACCUUUUAUUUCUGUAUAACAUAUUUUAGAGUUCAAUAGCUAUUUCUGUAUCUCAGUUUCCAUAUCUUGUUACUGAAUCAUCAAAAACCUCCUCUUUAAAAUUCAUACCGUUUCAAUCUAUCUCUUAUAAGUGUUAAAUGUAUGAUAAAAGUACUUAUUUUAAGUUGUUUUCAGCUCCUGGAUUUAGCUGCAAUAAAAGCACCAAUUUGUGGGUAUUUAAGAAAACCUGGACAAUAAACUCAUACUUUAAAAGA